AUGUAUCAGCGGAUCUUCGGCGACACACCUGACGUCCGCUCGUACGGCAUGAAAUUCCGAACGCUUGUACGAGUUAUGCUAAGCGUCGUUGUCUUGAGCUUCGUCUCUACAUCGAUCGUCGGCAUCUUCGCCUGCCAUCCUGUCCGAUACGCCUGGAACAGAUCAAUCGAUGGCGGUUGCGUUGAGACCACUCCCUGGUGGUUCUCGUACGCUGCCAUCAACAUAUCCACAGAUGUUGCUAUUCUUGCCUUGCCGAUUCCGCUCAUCAAUGGAUUGAUGCGAAUUACAAAGCGACAAAAGAUGGUGCUGAUGGGUGUCUUUCUUCUCGGCGCAUUUGUUUGCGUCGUCACCAUUGUUCGCAUGACCACGCUUCGUACAGGAGCGGCCGGCCAUGAUCCCACCUACACAGGUGUCGAGACAUUGGAGUGGACAGGGAUCGAGACGAACGUUGGUAUCAUCUGCGCAUGUCUUCCACUGCUCCGACCGGUGCUGAACAUGCUUAUGCCGUGGUUUGCCCAGCGCACCGCGCGCGACUCUCACCCCCGACCAACGUAUGGCUACAGUGGAAGCAGGCCCUCGCGGUCGCAAAAGACGACUGUUGAAAACACGUGGAGCAAUUUGGGCAAAGGGGAGAAUGUCAUCAUGAACCACAUCUCAGCGAGACGUCCCGAAUCUCGGGGUAGCUCUGAAGCUGGGAUCACGGAGGGGAUUAUUGUUACCAGGAACAUCGAUUAUUCGGAGAGCGCAGAAGACCACGAGUCGGAAAAAGAUCGUCAAUACAGUCAGGCCAUAGCUUCGGAUAGUGUUGUAUGA